UAGAAAACUUUAACUGAAGUAUGAAAGGUUGAUGAUCGUUGAGGAAAGAUGAUCAAGAUGAUGAUUAUGUGAAAACUGGAAACCGCUUUCUACCUGCCUGACGGCUUUUUUGGCAAAAGUUCACGGCCAAAUCUUUCCUGGAAACGUUGUUGUUGAAUUGUUAGGCUUACCCUUCCGGGUUUCCCUAACAUUGAAAACGUCUGCCCUUUUGCUUUCUCAUUCUUUAACAACCGUUUCUUCAAUGUUAAUCCAUUAAAUAAUAUCCAAUCUUGAAUCACUUUUCACUUGUUUUAACGCUCGCUUUUCAUUUUUUUACAUUCACUGAAUAACAUUACUAGUUUGGGUUCACAGUUUCACAUCUUUUGGGUAUCGCCAUUUUUACCUCUUAUUUUGUGUAUUUUUAUAUUUCAUCAUCGGAUCAACAUUAUUUGGAUACCUUCAUGGUCAACAUUGUUUACAGUAUUCACUAACAAAGUGAUAACAAACCUUUUUUAUGGUUACCUGUGUUAACUAACUAGUCUUGUUGAUAAUUAUACAUUUUAUUUAUAAUAUACAUCAAAAUAUAUUAUAUUUUGUUUAGUUUUUUUACUCGUUAAACUGUUCACCAAAAUUUAUCCCAAAAAUGUCAUUCGCUGGAUUAAAAGCAUUCGGUGAUGAGUUCUCAUCCCAGGAGGUGAAUGAGAUUAAUGUUUAUCGACAAAUCAAGAUGAAAAUGUUUCUCAGUCAAAAGGAAAACAAAGCUCCAACAGCAUUUGAAUCACCGUUUGAAGAGUCAUCCUCAUCAUCAACUACUUCACUAUCAUCACCAUCAUCACCCUCCUCGACGGAUAAGCGAACCUACCAAUGUCAAUAUUGCCUUAAGUCUUUUGGUCAAAUGUCUAAUUUAAAGUGUCAUGUUCGGACUCACACCGGUGAAAGGCCUUUCGAAUGCAAAAUAUGUUUCAAAUCGUUCAUCCAAUUAGCUCAUCUACAGAAACAUGAGCUUGUUCAUACCGGCGAAAAACCCUUUCAAUGUGAUCUUUGUUUGAAACGAUUUACCUCAAAAAGUAACCUUAAUAACCAUAAAUCUCGCCAUGUCCAUGAAUCUCAUCAAUCUUCCCUAGAAUCUACAGUAAAUUAUCAACAUGAUGAUUUUCAUAAACAUUAUCAAUGACCACCUUUCGAUGUAGCUUUAUUUAUAAUCUCUGUAAUCUAUGAUAAUGUCAACGAUAAAAUGAAAUUGAUUGUUAUAAUAAACUUGAAAUGUUAAUGCUAAAAAAUAAAUUGCUAGUUAGACAGUGUUUUACCCUGCAGUUCAAAAGUCAAUAUUGAAUUGCAUAAAUACUCUACAUCUCUAUAUAUCAUCUUCAAGACUGAACGAUGGCUGAUUCCAAUUGUUGGCUUGGCCUUUUCAUCUAUUUCCAUCUUUGAGUUGACUAGAUCAUCUUUAAGUCCACGAAGACAGACUAAUAUUGAAAGACAUUGGAUAAAUCAUGGCCCAUGAAGAUUGACUAGGUAUAUUGUCACCUAUUAAUCCUGAAUUACCCGAAUCACCUAAAAUAAUACUUUGUCCGACAGCAAUAAGAGAUUUAAGAUGAGGUAGAUGAACAAUGGAUGCUGAACAGCAAAAGUUGAAUACACUCCUUUCAAUAAACGCUUUGCUGCUCUUCAUUUCAAUUCUACAAACGAAUGCAUUGAAUUUGACGGUGCUUUCCAUUUACUUUGC